CCUGGUCCUGGUCCUGGUCCUGGUCCUGGUCCUGGUGCCGGUCCUGGUCCUGGUGCCGGUCCUGAUCCUGAUCCUGGUCCUGGUCCUGGUCCUGGUCCUGGUCCUGGGUGAAGAUGGCGCCCGUGCUGCAGAUGAACCGUGCGGACGUCCCGUCUCUGGAGAUCAAACUGGGAGCUCUGGCCGUGCUUCUGUCCGUUACUCUGAUCUUUGGAUUCAUCCCGUUCUGCAUCAUCCGAGGAGCCGGACGCUGCAACGUGGACCCAGACGUCCGUCGCUUCCUGCUCAGUCUGAUCAGCUGUUUUGCUGGAGGAGUUUUUCUGGCUACCUGCCUCCUGGACCUGCUUCCUGAUUACCUGCAGGGCAUCACCGAGGCCUUCGGCAACGCCGGCAUCACGCUCCACUUCCCUCUCCCAGAGUUCAUCAUGGCGAUGGGUUUCUUCCUGGUUCUGGUUCUGGAGCAGAUCGUUCUGGCCUUCAGGGAACAGUCCUCCUCCUCCUCCUCCUCCUCCUCCUCCUCCUCCUCCUCUCAGGGGGAGGAGCGCCGUGCCCUCCUGGCAGACUCCUCUGGCCCCGCCCCCAUGGAGACGGAGUCGGUCCUGAGGGCCCUGGUCCUGGUCCUGUCUCUGUCGGUCCACUCUGUGUUUGAGGGUUUGGCCGUGGGCCUCCUGGAGGAGGGGGAGGAGGUGCUGGAGAUGGUGCUGGCCCUGGUGAUCCAUAAGAGCGUGGUGGCCUUCAGCCUCUCCUUCCAGCUGAUCCGAGGCCGCCUGCGCCGCUCGGUGGUGGCCGCGUGUCUGCUGGCCUUCGCCGCCAUGUCUCCCCUGGGCGUCGGGGUGGGCGUGGCCCUGAUGGCGAGCAAGGCGUCGCCACGGUUACGGCUGGCGCGGUCCACGCUGGAGGGGCUGGCGGUGGGGACCUUCUUCUACGUCACCUUCAUGGAGAUCCUCCCCCACGAGCUGUCCUCCCCCCGGGGCCGCCGCAUCCCCAAGAUGGCGGCGCUGCUCGGGGGCUUCACCACGGUGACCGGCGUGCUCUUCAUCAGGCUGUAACCACGGCGACACAAGCAGAGUCUGGAUGAACUCUGGUGUCAUUAAGAAGCUGAAGUUACUGAAACGACUCCUCAUGUUCUUCUCUGGUGUAAACUCAUCUGUACCAGGGUCCAUUCAGUUUCUCUUUGUUUCUAGAAGUCGUUUUGAGACGUUUUCCUCUGUGACUACAAUGAAUUUAUUUUUCUAAUGAAAACUGUUUUUUUUUUUUAAACUACAUUAAACUUCUGAAAAUGUUUUGUACGAUUUAUUGAUGACUUCCUGUUCGCUCCUUCUAAAUAAAGGUUUUAAUGAUUGGAGUUUGGAAUAAAAUAUAAAGAUGA